AAACGCAAACUCGAUUCGCGCGCACGAAUGACGUUCUAAUUUUAAAAUUGCGCGGGAGUUCUCCAGUCUCACAAUAAACAUAAUUUGUGAUGUGAUUUUAUAAUUUAGCUUCUCUUUUUUUUUAAUUCAAAAUGCGUGCUGUGAUUUUUUUGUAUACUUGUGUGUUUGUUGUGGUGGGACAGGACAUCAACGCAAUGAUGAGUAUGCCGAAAUACGACGAAAGAUACGAUUAUUUAGACGUUGACGAUAUAUUUAGAAAUAAAAGACUUGUCAGAAACUAUGUUGAUUGUUUGAUAAAUGCUCAAAGGUGCACGCCAGAAGGAAAGGCCUUGAAAAGGAUAUUGCCUGAAGCGUUACGUACGAAAUGCAUCCGGUGUACUGAAAGACAGAAGAGGACAUCUGUGAAAGUUAUUCGAAGGCUAAAAAACGAGUAUCCCGAAGAAUGGGCGAAGCUCGCCUCACGAUGGGACCCUACCGGCGACUUCACACGAUACUUCGAAGAUUACCUCGCUAAAGAACAUUUCAACACCAUUCCCGGAUCUGGUCCAACAGUGAACGUGCUUUCCUUGCAAACAACACCCCCGCCUCCUCCACCGCCGCCUUCGAGACCAGCCUCCGUAUUCACAAACCCGCCACCGCCGGUGAUGUCCACGUCACCACGACCUGUUGUUCUUAAUAGAUUCGGAGGUGACGGAGAACUAAUGGUGGGCAGCUCUUUGCCGGGCGUCGCUACAACCAAACCUUUAACGGAAACCACAAUGAAGCCAACGACAACGAAGUCGACCACGAACAUGAGACCGGCUUUCCCUACUAGACCAUCGCCCUCGACCUGGUCUAGUGCAGGGUCCAACGUUUUCCCGACUCGGUUCACGUUGCGACCGUCGGGGAUCGAUCUAUCGCCGCCGUACUCAACCGCCAUCACGCUCAUCGAUCAAAUCGGAUACAAAAUCAUUCGGACGACCGAACUAGUCACCGACUUGUUGAGGGACACCGUGCGGGCCGUUGUUGGGUAGGGAUAGUUCUAGAAGCAUCGAACCGACAGUGCGACAUGUUGAUAUGACAUUAAGACUUUAAACAAUUUUGACAUUUUGUUUUUGAAGUGAAACUUCUUUAGUAGAGUUAAGAGUUGAUAUGACAUUAUGACUUUAAAGAAUUUUGACUUUUUCUUUUUGAAGUGAAACUUCUUUUGUCGCUUUGAGAGUAAAAUUUAACACACGACAGAUUCGUUACGGCUAGAGACAAAAGUGUGAGAGUGAGAAAAAAGACAGCGUCUCGCGAACCACUCGACCGUGGAUAGAGGGAAAGGACAAAGGACAAACUAUAAUAGGUCGUUUGUCUUGUACACAGUUCUCUGUUACAAGAGAAAUUUGAUUAAAAAAAUAUGAAGAAAACCGCAAUACUACACACCGCAAAAGAAGUUUCACUUCUUUCACGUGCACCAAGUUGCACGCGUACCAUUUUGUUUUAUAGUCACCAUAGAAAUAUGCUUUUCAUCUUUAACGCAAUGAAACGGAUAAAUAAUCGUCAUUAAAAUGCGAACAUUCUCAGUUCUCAAUUUGGUUCAAACAAAACAAUUGAUACUUCUGUUUUUUUCUGUAGCGUAAACGUGAAAGAGUCAAAUCUUCAUUAAAUAAUGGAUUUAAGAGAUAAAGAUCCAAAAAUGUUUGCUCAAAUUCGAUUCGUGAAUGUGUAUCGUUAGCUCCGAAUACUUAAGUUGUCGUGGCCUAAAGGAUAAGACGGCCGAUGUAUUCGUACCGAGUGAUGCGACUGACCCGGUGUUCGAAUCCCGCCGUCAUAAUUUUUUUUCUAAAAAAGUGCGUACAUAUUACGUAUUCACGAACGAUUUUCACGACAAAGAUAUAAUGUCGUUUAGCAAAACUUAAAUCCGCUUAACUUAUAAAUUUGCGUAAUUACCUACUGAUAUCAGGGCGUAUUUUAGGCUCGCACUUU